AAUAUAUAAAAUGAGAAAAUUCAAUCUCUCUCUUUCUUGGUCUGAGUUUUUCAUUUCUUAGAUCAAAUCCAGAAGUGUUCUCUCUUCAUUUUUUUGGCUGUCAAAUCUCACUGGAGAGUAAUUGAUUUCGCCGGCGAGUUAGCGGUGUCGAUUGAUCGGAAAUCACGGCGAACUUGUUGAAAAGUCCGGCGGCUGAGCUCUCUGGAUUGGAAGAAACUGGGUAUGGGAAGCAUGAACAACAGCGUGGAUACGGUUAAUGCUGCUGCUACUGCGAUCGUCUCCGCUGAGGCUCGAGUUCAGCCUCCGACACCUCCGAAACGAAGAUGGGGGAGCUGCUGGAGUCUGUACUGGUGUUUUGGAAAUGGUUCGCAGAAAAACAAUAAGCGUAUAGGUCAUGCUGUGCUUGUUCCAGAACCUGCAGUAUCUGGAGCUGUUGCCCCUGCUGUUGAGCAUCGUACACCUUCAACCACCGUGGUAUUGCCUUUCAUAGCCCCUCCGUCUUCUCCUGCGUCUUUCCUCCAGUCCGAACCUCCAUCAAAUGCUCAAUCUCCUGCUGGAUUACUAUCUUUAACUGCUCUUUCAGUCAAUAACUACUCCCCAAAUGGACCUGCGUCCAUUUUUGCAAUAGGCCCUUACGCAUAUGAUACCCAGUUGGUCUCACCUCCAGUCUUUUCUGCCUUCCCCACUGAACCAUCGACUGCCCCUUUUACUCCUCCUCCUGAAUCUGUGCAAUUGACCACACCCUCAUCUCCUGAAGUACCAUUUGCUAAAUUGCUGACAUCUUCUCUGAGCCAUACUAAUAAAAGUUUUGGGACUAACCAGAAGUUUGCACUUUCACAUUGUGAUUUCCAACCUUAUCAACCCUACCCUGGAAGCCCUGGUGCCCAUCUUAUAUCACCUGGAUCAGUAAUUUCAAACUCUGGUACAUCUUCUCCUUUUCCUGAUAAACAUCCCAUUCUUGAGUUUCGCAUGGCAGAUGCUCCGAAGCUCUUGGGUCUCGAACAUUUUACGACUCGCAAAUGGAUCUCAAGAAUGGGUUCUGGAUCUUUGACGCCAGAUGGUACUGGUUUAGGUUCUAGGUUAGGUUCAGGAACUUUGACCCCUGAUGGUAUGGCUAUGGGUUCGAGAUUGGAAUCUGGAUCUGUGACACCAAAUGGUGUGAGGCAAGAUUCAAGAUUGGGUUCUGGAACCGUUACUCCUGAUGGUUUGGGGCAUGCCUUGCAAGAUGGUCUACUGUUGGACAGCCAAAUAUCUGAGGUGGCUUCCCUUGCCAACUCAGAAACGGGAUGUCAAAAUGAUGUGGCAAAUCAUAGGGUGUCAUUUGAGUUGACUGGUGAAGAUGUUGCGCGUUGUCUUGCAAAUAAGUCAAAGCAAACAAGCACAAACUCUCAAAACAAAAACAAAGAAUCGUCGAAAGAAGCUGAAAGUUGUGAGUUCUUUGACAUCAAGACUUCCACAGCACCGGAAAAAACUUCAGCAGAGGAUGAUCAAUGCUACCAAAAUCAACGAGCCGUAAAUCUUGGUUCGUUCAAAGAGUUCAACUUUGACCAAACCAAAGGAGAAAUACACAGCACAGCCUCCAUUGGUGCAGAAUGGUGGGCCAAUGAAAAGGUGGCUGUGAAGGAAGCUAGUCCAGGCAACAACUGGACUUUCUUCCCAAUGUUGCAACCUGGGGUCAGCUGAUUUUGACAUGGAUGUCGUCAGUAGAAAGAGAAGAAGAAGAAGAAGAAACAACAACCCACCUUUUGAAUGUACAUUUGAAUGUAAUCAUCCUUUGGAGAUGCAACUUUUAGGACCCGUGAUCUCAGAUAACAGAUGGAAUGAUUUGGAGGAAAAGAAUGUUUUUCAAAGUUGCCUUGUGAAAACACUAUUCAAAUAGACAGCAGAAAGAAAGUAGUUAUUAGGGAUAACUAGUGUGGGUACUGAAGGAGCAUUCUUUGUCAUAGCUCAAAGGAGUAGAUCAUUCAUAAUCAUAGGAUCUUUGAAGUGCUUUAUUCUUUCUUGUCUUGUAUAAUAAUAAGAAAUUUCAUUCUUCCCCAACAAUGAAAACUUCCUUUCUGGAAAACUCCUGUGAUUUUAGUUUACUUAGC